AUGGUCUUCGUCUCGUCUCCUGAGAAUCUCGGUCCCUCUCUAAAUGGACCCUGUAGGAAUGCCCUGAUUCCGAUGGACGUAACCUCCGAAUGUCUGGCUGCCAUGGCCCACAUCUGUCGAGGACUGCUUGUGAAGCCUUCCCUCAGAAGCCGAGUCACUCGUGAUGAUACUCUCAUGCUUCUAUUGCGAGUGAUGACUGGAGUUAUUAUCCUCUAUGAUCACAUUGAUCCCUACGGCGUCUUUCGCAAGACCUCCAAACUCGAUGUGAGUUGA